AUGAUCGAUGCUUGUGGAACAGUCAGUACUAAAUUGCCAGCAAUCUAUUACGGGAAUCAAGGUUGGGCUAUGAUUGAAACUGAAUAUAUUUCAUCGUGGAUCGGUAAACGUCCAAUACUGAAUAAUAUAUGGAAUAAUCAGACUAUUCCAGUGAUUACAUGGGAAUUAUUUGGUUGUGGUGGUGUGGGGUAUGGGUGUGGGCGUUGGUCUUCUGUUUACUUACACCCACACCCACACCCCACACCCACACCCACACCCACACCCACACCCACACCCACACCACACCCACACCCACACCCACACCCACACCCACACCACACCCACACCCACACCCACACCUCACCCACACCCACACCCACACUCACACCCACACACACCCACACA